AUGGCAUUCACUCAGAAGUCCCGUGGCCGUGGCAUUCGCGGAGCUUUGUUGGUGGCCAUGUGCUUGUGCAGCCUGUGGACACUAGGGCUGAGGAGCUUGACUUCUCGCACCUUCACGGAGACGCAGGAAGUCACUCAGGAUGCCUCGGGUCUUGUGAAGUUGGUGGGUGGGCACCCACUGAUCUUCACCUUCCUUUCCAUGGCUUUGUGCGGUGCCCUGUGCUACACAGAGAACUCCACCACUGCCAAGCUGGACUUCGACAAACGUGACUAUUUCACCUUUCAGCUGAUCCAGAACAUCUUGUGCUUCGCUUCCGGCCUCAUCAACGCCUUGUGCAUCUUUGACAUGGGCAUGACAGCCCCGGCGGUGGCUCCAGAAGCCGCCGGGUGCCACAGCAGCGGCAGCCAGCGACGGUGGCAGAACGGCGGCGCCGCGUUCGGACACCUGUUGCUCGCCUUCUGCUUCGGCUCCUUCUUCGCGGGCUACAGCAAGGCGGAUACUGAGCUGAUCUACUCAGGACGCUACUCUCCCAACCUCUUGGCGGCGGCCCUGGCCGUGGUGGCCGGAUGCAUGGUGCACUACUGCAAGGAGCAUGGUGGCGAUGGCAACAACAACACUUCCGAGUGCUUACUUCUCUUCGCCUUCUCCCAAGGUAUCCAGAACGGCAUCACCCGAAGAUGCCAGACCCUGCCAAUUUGCACCACCCAUUUCACCGGCUACUUGACGGACGUUGGCACCUUGCUCGGCUGGUGCGCCCGUGAUGGUGUGGCAGGUGAGAAGUUCUUGAAGGCAAUGCUCUUUGCGGCGGGCAUCUUCUUCUUCGGCCUGGGCGGCGUGGCUGCCAAGGAGUUGCACGAAUCGUUCAGCGUGCAGGCAGCCCUCAUCGCAGCUGCCCUGAUGGCCGCUGUCGCGGGUGGCCUAGUCCCUGUGACCAAGAGCAAUUCUGACAUCGACGCCAUGGCAUUCACUCAGAAGUCCCGUGGCCGUGGCAUUCGCGGAGCUUUGCUGGUGGCCAUGUGCUUGUGCAGCCUUUGGAGCUUGACUUCCCGCACCUUCACCCAGACAGAGGAGGUCACUGAGGACGCCUCGGGUCUUGUGAAGCUGGUGGGCGGACACCCGCUGAUCUUCACCUUCCUUUCCAUGGCUUUGUGCGGUGCCGUGUGCUACACAGAGAACUCCACCACUGCCAAGCUGGACUUCGACAAACGUGACUAUUUCACUUUUCAGCUGAUCCAGAACAUCUUGUGCUUCGCUUCCGGCCUCAUCAACGCCUUGUGCAUCUUUGACAUGGGCAUGACAGUCAGCCACCAGAGUGGCAACACCAGUCACACCGGCCGUUUGAUCAUGAACGGCGGCGCCGCGUUCGGACACCUGUUGCUCGCCUUCUGCUUCGGCUCCUUCUUCGCGGGCUACAGCAAGGUGGAUACUGAGCUGAUCUACUCAGGACGCUACUCUCCCAACCUCUUGGCGGCGGCCCUGGCCGUUGUGGCCGGAUGCAUGGUGCACUACUGCAAGGAGCAUGGCGGCGAUGGCAACAACAACACUUCCGAGUGCUUGCUGCUCUUCGCCUUCUCUCAAGGUAUUCAGAACGGCAUCACCCGAAGAUGCCAGACCCUGCCCAUUUGCACCACCCAUUUCACUGGCUACUUGACGGACGUUGGCACCUUGCUCGGCUGGUGCGCCCGUGAUGGUGUGGCAGGUGAGAAGUUCUUGAAGGCCAUGCUCUUUGCGGCGGGCAUCUUCUUCUUCGGGCUCGGCGGCGUGGCUGCCAAGGAGUUGCACGAAUCGUUCAGCAUGCAGGCAGCCCUCAUCGCAGCUGCGCUGAUGGCCGCUGUCGCGGGUGGCUUGGUCCCUGUGACCAAGAGCAAUUCUGACAUCGACGCCAUGGCAUUCACUCAGAAGUCCCGUGGCCGUGGCAUUCGCGGAGCUUUGCUGGUGGCCAUGUGCUUGUGCAGCCUUUGGAGCUUGACUUCCCGCACCUUCACCCAGACGGAGGAGGUCACUGAGGACGCCUCGGGUCUUGUGAAGCUGGUGGGCGGACACCCGCUGAUCUUCACCUUCCUUUCCAUGGCUUUGUGCGGUGCCCUGUGCUACACAGAGAACUCCACCACUGCCAAGCUGGACUUCGACAAACGUGACUAUUUCACUUUUCAGCUGAUCCAGAACAUCUUGUGCUUCGCUUCCGGCCUCAUCAACGCCUUGUGCAUCUUUGACAUGGGCAUGACAGUCAGCCACCAGAGUGGCAACACCAGUCACACCGGCCGUUUGAUCAUGAACGGCGGCGCCGCGUUCGGACACCUGUUGCUCGCCUUCUGCUUCGGCUCCUUCUUCGCGGGCUACAGCAAGGCGGAUACUGAGCUGAUCUACUCAGGACGCUACUCUCCCAACCUCUUGGCGGCGGCCCUGGCCGUUGUGGCCGGAUGCAUGGUGCACUACUGCAACUGGGCUGAUUUAGGCAAGGAGCAUGGCGGCGAUGGCAACAACAACACUUCCGAGUGCUUGCUGCUCUUCGCCUUCUCUCAGGGCAUUCAGAACGGCAUCACCCGAAGAUGCCAGACCCUGCCAAUUUGCACCACCCAUUUCACCGGCUACUUGACGGACGUUGGCACCUUGCUCGGCUGGUGCGCCCGUGAUGGUGUGGCAGGUGAGAAGUUCUUGAAGGCCAUGCUCUUUGCGGCGGGCAUCUUCUUCUUCGGGCUCGGCGGCGUGGCUGCCAAGGAGUUGCACGAAUCGUUCAGCAUGCAGGCAGCCCUCAUCGCAGCUGCGCUGAUGGCCGCUGUCGCGGGUGGCUUGGUCCCUGUGACCAAGAGCAAUUCUGACAUCGACGCCAUGGCAUUCACUCAGAAGUCCCGUGGCCGUGGCGUUCGCGGAGCUUUGCUGGUGGCCAUGUGCUUAUGCAGCCUUUGGAGCUUGACUUCCCGCACCUUCACCCAGACGGAGGAGGUCACUGAGGACGCCUCGGGUCUUGUGAAGCUGGUGGGCGGACACCCGCUGAUCUUCACCUUCCUUUCCAUGGCUUUGUGCGGUGCCGUGUGCUACACAGAGAACUCCACCACUGCCAAGCUGGACUUCGACAAACGUGACUAUUUCACUUUUCAGCUGAUCCAGAACAUCUUGUGCUUCGCUUCCGGCCUCAUCAACGCCUUGUGCAUCUUUGACAUGGGCAUGACAGUCAGCCACCAGAGUGGCAACACCAGUCACACCGGCCGUUUGAUCAUGAACGGCGGCGCCGCGUUCGGACACCUGUUGCUCGCCUUCUGCUUCGGCUCCUUCUUCGCGGGCCUCAGCAAGGCGGAUACUGAGCUGAUCUACUCAGGACGCUACUCUCCCAACCUCUUGGCGGCGGCCCUGGCCGUUGUGGCCGGAUGCAUGGUGCACUACUGCAAGGAGCAUGGCUGCGAUGGCAACAACAACACUUCCGAGUGCUUGCUGCUCUUCGCCUUCUCUCAGGGUAUCCAGAAUGGCAUCACCCGAAGAUGCCAGACCCUGCCAAUUUGCACCACCCAUUUCACCGGCUACUUGACGGACGUUGGCACCUUGCUCGGCUGGUGCGCCCGUGAUGGUGUGGCAGGUGAGAAGUUCUUGAAGGCAAUGCUCUUUGCGGCGGGCAUCUUCUUCUUCGGCCUGGGCGGCGUGGCUGCCAAGGAGUUGCACGAAUCGUUCAGCGUGCAGGCAGCCCUCAUCGCAGCUGCCCUGAUGGCCGCUGUCGCGGGUGGCCUAGUCCCUGUGACCAAGAGCAAUUCUGACAUCGACGCCAUGGCAUUCACUCAGAAGUCCCGUGGCCGUGGCAUUCGCGGAGCUUUGCUGGUGGCCAUGUGCUUGUGCAGCCUUUGGAGCUUGACUUCCCGCACCUUCACCCAGACGGAGGAGGUCACUGAGGACGCCUCGGGUCUUGUGAAGCUGGUGGGCGGACACCCGCUCAUCUUCACCUUCCUUUCCAUGGCUUUGUGCGGUGCCCUGUGCUACACAGAGAACUCCACCACUGCCAAGCUGGACUUCGACAAACGUGACUAUUUCACUUUUCAGCUGAUCCAGAACAUCUUGUGCUUCGCUUCCGGCCUCAUCAACGCCUUGUGCAUCUUUGACAUGGGCAUGACAGUCAGCCACCAGAGUGGCAACACCAGUCACACCGGCCGUUUGAUCAUGAACGGCGGCGCCGCGUUCGGACACCUGUUGCUCGCCUUCUGCUUCGGCUCCUUCUUCGCGGGCCUCAGCAAGGCGGAUACUGAGCUGAUCUACUCAGGACGCUACUCUCCCAACCUCUUGGCGGCGGCCCUGGCCGUUGUGGCCGGAUGCAUGGUGCACUACUGCAAGGAGCAUGGCUGCGAUGGCAACAACAACACUUCCGAGUGCUUGCUGCUCUUCGCCUUCUCUCAGGGUAUCCAGAAUGGCAUCACCCGAAGAUGCCAGACCCUGCCAAUUUGCACCACCCAUUUCACCGGCUACUUGACGGACGUUGGCACCUUGCUCGGCUGGUGCGCCCGUGAUGGUGUGGCAGGUGAGAAGUUCUUGAAGGCCAUGCUCUUUGCGGCGGGCAUCUUCUUCUUCGGGCUCGGCGGCGUGGCUGCCAAGGAGUUGCACGAAUCGUUCAGCGUGCAGGCAGCCCUCAUCGCAGCUGCCCUGAUGGCCGCUGUCGCGGGUGGCUUGGUCCCUGUGACCAAGAGCAAUUCUGACAUCGACGCCAUGGCAUUCACUCAGAAGUCCCGUGGCCGUGGCGUUCGCGGAGCUUUGCUGGUGGCCAUGUGCUUAUGCAGCCUUUGGAGCUUGACUUCCCGCACCUUCACCCAGACGGAGGAGGUCACUGAGGACGCCUCGGGUCUUGUGAAGCUGGUGGGCGGACACCCGCUGAUUUUCACCUUCCUUUCCAUGGCUUUGUGCGGUGCCCUGUGCUACACAGAGAACUCCACCACUGCCAAGCUGGACUUCGACAAACGUGACUAUUUCACUUUUCAGCUGAUCCAGAACAUCUUGUGCUUCGCUUCCGGCCUCAUCAACGCCUUGUGCAUCUUUGACAUGGGCAUGACAGUCAGCCACCAGAGUGGCAACACCAGUCACACCGGCCGUUUGAUCAUGAUACCUGGAGUUGCCCAGAACCUCGUGCGCAAAGCCGCAGGAAGCUGGUACCGCUUUGGAUUUCCAAGGAACGGCGGCGCCGCGUUCGGACACCUGUUGCUCGCCUUCUGCUUCGGCUCCUUCUUCGCGGGCCUCAGCAAGGCGGAUACUGAGCUGAUCUACUCAGGACGCUACUCUCCCAACCUCUUGGCGGCGGCCCUGGCCGUUGUGGCCGGAUGCAUGGUGCACUAUUGCAAGGAGCAUGGCGGCGAUGGCAACAACAACACUUCCGAGUGCUUGCUGCUCUUCGCCUUCUCUCAGGGUAUCCAGAAUGGCAUCACCCGAAGAUGCCAGACCCUGCCAAUUUGCACCACCCAUUUCACCGGCUACUUGACGGACGUUGGCACCUUGCUCGGCUGGUGCGCCCGUGAUGUUGUGACAGGUGAGAAGUUCUUGAAGGCCAUGCUCUUUGCGGCGGGCAUCUUCUUCUUCGGGCUCGGCGGCGUGGCUGCCAAGGAGUUGCACGAAUCGUUCAGCGUGCAGGCAGCCCUCAUCGCAGCUGCCCUGAUGGCCGCUGUCGCGGGUGGCUUGGUCCCUGUGACCAAGAGCAAUUCUGACAUCGACGCCAUGGCAUUCACUCAGAAGUCCCGUGGCCGUGGCAUUCGCGGAGCUUUGCUGGUGGCCAUGUGCUUGUGCAGCCUUUGGAGCUUGACUUCCCGCACCUUCACCCAGACGGAGGAGGUCACUGAGGACGCCUCGGGUCUUGUGAAGCUGGUGGGCGGACACCCGCUGAUUUUCACCUUCCUUUCCAUGGCUUUGUGCGGUGACUAUUUCACUUUUCAGCUGAUCCAGAACAUCUUGUGCUUCGCUUCCGGCCUCAUCAACGCCUUGUGCAUCUUUGACAUGGGCAUGACAGUCAGCCACCAGAGUGGCAACACCAGUCACACCGGCCGUUUGAUCAUGAUACCUGGAGUUGCCCAGAACCUCGUGCGCAAAGCCGCAGGAAGCUGGUACCGCUUUGGAUUUCCAAGGAACGGCGGCGCCGCGUUCGGACACCUGUUGCUCGCCUUCUGCUUCGGCUCCUUCUUCGCGGGCCUCAGCAAGGCGGAUACUGAGCUGAUCUACUCAGGACGCUACUCUCCCAACCUCUUGGCGGCGGCCCUGGCCGUUGUGGCCGGAUGCAUGGUGCACUAUUGCAAGGAGCAUGGCGGCGAUGGCAACAACAACACUUCCGAGUGCUUGCUGCUCUUCGCCUUCUCUCAAGGUAUUCAGAACGGCAUCACCCGAAGAUGCCAGACCCUGCCCAUUUGCACCACCCAUUUCACUGGCUACUUGACGGACGUUGGCACCUUGCUCGGCUGGUGCGCCCGUGAUGGUGUGGCAGGUGAGAAGUUCUUGAAGGCCAUGCUCUUUGCGGCGGGCAUCUUCUUCUUCGGCCUCGGCGGCGUGGCUGCCAAGGAGUUGCACGAAUCGUUCAGCGUGCAGGCAGCCCUCAUCGCAGCUGCCCUGAUGGCCGCUGUCGCGGGUGGCCUGGCCCUUUUAAGCUCAUCGAUUUUGAGUGCCUUCUUCCGCGCCAGUUUUGUUAUCGACGCCAUGGCAUUCACUCAGAAGUCCCGUGGCCGUGGCAUUCGCGGAGCUUUGCUGGUGGCCAUGAGCUUGACUUCCCGCACCUUCACCCAGACGGAGGAGGUCACUGAGGACGCCUCGGGUCUUGUGAAGCUGGUGGGCGGACACCCGCUGAUUUUCACCUUCCUUUCCAUGGCUUUGUGCGGUGCCCUGUGCUACACAGAGAACUCCACCACUGCCAAGCUGGACUUCGACAAACGUGACUAUUUCACCUUUCAGCUGAUCCAGAACAUCUUGUGCUUCGCUUCGGACCUCAUCAACGCCUUGUGCAUCUUUGACAUGGGCAUGACAGUCAGCCACCAGAGUGGAAACACCAGUCACACCGGCCGUUUGAUCAUGAAUGGCGGCGCCACGUUCGGACACCUGUUGCUCGCCUUCUGCUUCGGCUCCUUCUUUGCGGGCUACAGCAAGGCGGAUACGGAACUGAUCUACUCAGGACGCUACUCUCCCAACCUCUUGGCGGCGGCCCUGGCCGUGGUGGCCGGAUGCAUGGUGCACUACUGCAAGGAGCAUGGCGGCGAUGGCAACAACAACACUUCUGAGUGCUUGCUGCUCUUUGCCUUCUCUCAGGGGAUCCAGAACGGCAUUACCCGAAGAUGCCAGACCCUGCCCAUUUGCACCACCCAUUUCACCGGCUACUUGACGGACGUUGGCACCCUGCUCGGUUGGUGCGCCCGUGAUGGUGUGGCAGGUGAGAAGUUCUUGAAGGCCAUGCUCUUUGCGGCGGGCAUCUUCUUCUUCGGCCUCGGCGGCGUGGCUGCCAAGGAGUUGCACGAAUCGUUCAGCGUGCAGGCAGCCCUCAUCGCAGCUGCCCUGAUGGCCGCUGUCGCGGGUGGCCUGGUCCCUGUGACCAAGAGCAAGACCGGCUGAAGGGCCAAGGUGUGAAGAUUUCUGCAUGCUGUAGUCAGUAAUAAUUAGGUGAUUAGCCGUUUGUCGUUCGGACGUUUCUUUGAGCUUUGAAGGGUUACCUUGACCAUCAAAGUGCCCACAGAAAAUAGGAAAAACAUGAAGCAAGAUGAGAUGGGGAAAAA